AGCCAUCUAUAAAUGUGAAGUAUCUUAUAUUUCAAACGUUGCGAGAAAACGGUGUGACAACCAUCGCUUGUACGGAUAAUUAGAGAGGCUGUAGUCAUGGGCCCGGACACGGCAUCUGUCACUAAAAUGGAACCGUCAGAGGAAAGUCCUGGAGAAGUGGUUGUGAAGGUAAACUUAGAAUCAGAGUCCAAUGAUGUUUCAACCUCCAGUGAGCCCACGAACUCCAAACAGCGAGGGAGCAACGUAUCAAACAAAUGUUACCCUUGCUUCAUUUGUGGCAAGGCAUUUGACAGACCAUCAAAGCUAGAGAGGCAUAAACCUGUACACUUCAGGAAGCCUAAGAUUAUUCAUCAGUGUCAGGACUGUGAUAAGACUUUCACACAACAAGAGAAGCUCAUCCGACACCAGAGCUGCCACAGCAGGACUAACAAGCACCCUUGUCCUGACUGUGGAAAAGUAUUCAACAGGCCUUCAAAGUUAGAGAGGCAUAAGCGCACACAUGCAAAGAAACCAAAGGUGCCUCAUCAGUGUUCAUACUGCACGAAGACAUUCAGUAAACUCAACAAGCUUGUCCGUCACAAGCGAAUGCACACAGGGGAGAAGCCUUUCACCUGCUCGGUCUGUGGGAAAGGAUUCUCUGAGUCAGGUCACUGCAAAGCACAUGAAAAGACACACGAAGAGCAGCCAGAAAAACCACAUUGCUGUGCAGACUGUGGACUGUGUUUCUUUAAGGCCUCAGAGCUUCGUCGGCACUUCCGCUCCCACACAGGAGAGAAACCCUUCAGAUGCACAGUGUGUGAGAGCUGCUUCUCCCGCUCAGAAGGGCUUAAAAGACACAUGAGGAGCCACACAGGGGAAAGACCAUAUAAAUGCAUUAUCUGCGGAAAAGGAUUUUAUUCUCGCCAGGAUAUGAAUAUUCAUGGCUUGACCCACUCAGGUGAGAAACCACAUCUUUGCCCUGUGUGUGGCAAAGGGUUUUCACAACUGGGCAACAUGAAAGAACAUGAACAAAAUGUUCACAUCAAGUCCGAGAAGUAUAUUUGCAGUGAAUGUGGGGCAACCUUCACACGAUACAAAUCACUGACAAAACAUCAGCGGAGACAUACAGGAGAAAGACCCUAUCUGUGCUUCACUUGUGGUCGCGGAUUUUCUUGGAGCCAUUCCCUUAGUAGACACCGGAGAUCACACAUUCACAGACAGAUGUCUAUGGACUUGUCUAAAGACAUAUUACAUUUUGAAGGACCCUCUGAGAAUCCCAGUACUUGAAAAGAGAAGGGGAAUCUGGAUAUAAAGGGCAUUUUAUCCCAAAUCAGUUUUGUUUUAGCCAGACAUUUUAAGUGUAUUGAGAACUAAGUUUGAAACACCUCGCUGCCUGCGUUGGUAUAUGUCCACGAAUUUCAGUUAUAAAUUUUUAGUACAGGGCUCCAGAUGAGCCUUUUAUCACCUGGUAUUUUCAUUGAUCAAAGCCAGAAGGUGCAUAUUUCUGGAAUUACUGUUAACUGAAUUGCGUUGGCUGUUUAAAUGAAUGUUCCUAGAAUAUGUUAUGCUUUGCAUAAUGGUGCAUUCCAUUUGAACUGGGAAUUUGGAAU